GAAAACCUGCUGACACGCUGUUCGAGCGGCAUAUCACUUUUUUGUUCACUGACGUACUGAAAUGGAAGAAUUCUUAAGAAUGACACUCGUCGGUGUCUGUGUGCUAUACAUUAACGCCCAAAGUUAUCAUGAAUAUGGGCUGAUUGAGGCAUGUGGUGACCCAGAUGAAGUAGAUUUCAUCGUCCAAUUUGAUGAUGAACAGGUGGCUCACAUAGAUGUCAAAGAGCAGAAAGAAAUCAUUACUUUACCUGACUUUGCUGGCCAAAUUGAGAUUCCAUCACUGUAUGAGGACGCUAAAAAAGCUGCAUCUGUUUGCAGAACCUUCUUUGAUAUGAUUAAAGAGGUGUACAUCAAUUCAUCUGAACCAAUUGAACCCCCCUGGAGCUCAAUUUAUCCCAAAAGUGAUCCACAGCUGAAUGUCAAGAACACCCUGAUCUGUCAUGUGACUGGAUUCUUCCCUCCACCUGUCAGAGUCUCGUGGACCAAGAACAAUGUGAAUGUGACAGAUGAAUCAAGUCUCAGCAGUUAUUACCCCAACAAAGACGGGACACUGAAUGUUUUUUCUCGACUGAGCUUCAUUCCAGAGGAAGGAGACAUUUACAGCUGUUCUGUGGAGCACAAAGCCCUUCAACAACCUCAAACCAGAGUAUGGGAUGUGGAGAUAACGGAGCCCAGCAUUGGUCCAUCAGUGUUCUGUGGAGUUGGUCUGACUCUUGGGCUGCUGGGUCUUGCCACAGGAGUUUUUUUUAUUGCCAAAGGAAACUGAUACAAUAACACUGACAGCUACAGAUGUUCCUUUUAGUUCUCAUGUGAAGUUGCAUAUGUGCUAAAGCUACAAAUCAUUUGUUAAUUUACGUUUUAAAAGACUAUAUUGUAAUACACAGCAGGUGAUAUGUUACACCUGAAAUAAUGUACAAUAGCUGUAAGUCUUCAUAAGACUUGAUAUAAUAUUCUUCUGUUGCAUAUAAUGUGGUGAGUUUUAAAUUAUAUAUACAGUAGCAUUAGAUACUCCUCUUAUGUUGUAAUUUUUAAACACUACCUAGUUUAAAAGCAGUUCAAGUAGUAGUACAAAUUUAUUGUUUAGAUUUAUGGAACUAUGGAAAGGGACUUGUGACAAAUAUGUUAUAUAUUUUAUUAUAAUAAAACAAGGGGUGAGAACCAGAAAGGCAUAAGUGACAUUUCACCAACUUUACAGGAGGGCCAAAACAAAAAUUUACUAUAGCUUGAUCUGACUUUGUGUACUGGUUUAAUUGUGUACUGGUGUAAUUGUUUAUAAUAAAAAAUGGUACACAGUGUACACUCAUUGAUGACAGUAUACUUUUGCCAGUAGAAAGAGCUCAUUAAGAGCUUUCAUUUGAUAUAUGCGACCCUGGACCACAAAACCAGUCAUAAGGGUCAAUUUUUUCGAAAUUGAGAUUUAUACAUCAUCUGAAAGUUGAAUAAAUAAGCUUUCCAUUGAAGUAUGGUUAUGAUAGGACAAUAUUUGGCCGAGAUACAACUAUUUGAAAAUCUGGAAUCUGAGGGUGCAAAAAAAUCGAAAUAUUGAGAAAAUCGCCUUUAAAACUGUCCAAAUGAAGUUCUUAGCAAUGCAUAUUACUAAUCAAAAAUUAAGUUUUGAUAUAUUUACAGUUGGAAAUUUACAAAAUAUCUUCAUGGAACAUGAUCUUUACUUAAUGUACUAAUGAUUUUUGGCAUAAAAGAAAAAUAAUUCAUUUUGUCCCAUAGAGUUUAUUUUUGGCUAUAGACCAUUUCAAGGACGUAAACAAUGCACUACUGUUCAAAUGUUUGGGGUCAGUAUUUUUAUUUUUGAAAGAAUAUUAAUACAUUUAUUCAGCAAGGAUGUUAAAUUGAUUUUUUUUUUUAAAAAGUGAUAGUAAAGACAUACUGCUAGGAAAGAUUUCUAUAUUUUGAAAAUCCCUGCCAGGGUUCAAUCAAUCAAUCCUGUAUAAAGCAUCACAGGUUCCAGAAAAAUAUUAAGCAGCACAAUUGUUUCCAACACUGACAAUAACCAAAUAUCAAAUCAGCACAUUAGAAUGAUCCCUGAAGGAUCAUGUGACUCUUAAGACUGGAAAAAAGGCUGAUGAAAAUUCAGCUUUGCAUCACAGAAAUAAAUACAAAUAUACCCCAGCGACCUAAGACUGGUUUUGUGGUCCAGGGUCACAUAUAUAUAUCUCCAUUUCACCCAAACCUUCUGGUUCUCACCCCUCGAAAAUACGAUUUUAUUUUUCUCAAAUAAAAGUGAAAUUUAAUGAAAAAAUUAAAUGAAACAUUUUGUUAAAGUUUUUGAUAUACAGUAAAUUUAUAUUUAAAGUAACUGCAACUUGCACUUUAACUGUGCAGUUAAAAAAGGUGAAAGAAAAUACUGCGAUGCAGUGUCAUAGGAUGGAAAAAUUGCUGUUUAAAAAGAAAAUGUACAUGAAAGCUAAUGCUGUAAACAGCAAAAAGUUUGAAGCCUUUUUGUCACUGCUUCAUUCAUCAUAUAGUGUAAAAUCGCAACAGUAUAGAUGUUUCUCUGAGUAAUCUAUAGUCUUUCACUUUAUAAGUGACUUUAGGGAAUAGUCAAACGUGAAUACAAAGUAUACCAUAGGCAGAGCAUAUUCACCUGAAUGAAUCAAUAUA